CAACAAUAGUCAAUACAAGUUUAGGAGUAUCAGUCGUUACAAAAAAUUGAAAGGCGUCUCAGUCGCUCACUCAACUCAGUCUCAAGUCUGAAUUCUGAACUCUCCUUUCUAGUCAUCACCUCCGGUACUCUUACUCCAUUCAGUCAUUUCUUCUGCGGAAGGAAUGUCGCUCCAAUCAUCUGUACAAAGGGUGAGAAACCUCGGUGGAUUAAGGCCUCAGAUCUUCGGUUCCUUGGGAAGGUUUCACUCCACUACUACUGCUACCGAAGCUUCUUCUUCUCCUUCAUCCGAUCAAACUUCCCCUUUGAGGGUUCCCAAUCUCAUAGGAGGUUCAUUUGUUCAUUCAAAGUCACCUUCAACAAUUGAUGUGAUCAAUCCGGCCACUCAAGAAGUUGUAUCUCAAGUUCCCUUAACCACACAUGACGAGUUCAAAGCUGCUGUCAUUGCUGCGAAGAAUGCUUUCCAGUCAUGGCGCAAUACUCCAAUUACCACCCGCCAGAGGGUCAUGCUGAAGCUCCAAGACCUUAUCCGGAGAGAUAAGGAUAAACUUGCAUUGAAUAUCACAACCGAACAAGGGAAGACAUUGAAAGAUGCACAUGGAGAUGUGUUUCGUGGCCUAGAGGUGGUGGAACAUGCUUGUGGAAUGGCAACCCUCCAAAUGGGAGAGUAUGUUUCUAAUGUGGCACAUGGAAUCGACACAUAUAGCAUCAGAGAGCCACUAGGUGUAUGUGCUGGAAUUUGCCCAUUUAACUUUCCUGCUAUGAUUCCAUUAUGGAUGUUCCCCAUUGCAGUUACAUGUGGCAAUACCUUUGUUUUAAAGCCAUCAGAGAAAGAUCCAGGGGCUUCGGUAAUUCUUGCCGAAUUGGCAAUGGAGGCUGGCCUACCAGAUGGUGUUCUGAACAUUGUCCAUGGCACCAACGAUAUUGUCAAUGCUAUUUGUGAUGAAGAGGAUAUCAAAGCUGUUUCCUUUGUUGGUUCUAAUAUGGCAGGCAUGCACAUCUAUACAAGAGCAUCUGCUGCAGGAAAGCGCGUUCAGUCCAAUAUGGGUGCAAAAAAUCACGCAAUAGUGAUGCCUGACGCCAACAUUGACGCUACUAUAAAUGCUUUGGUUGCUGCUGGUUUUGGUGCUGCUGGUCAGAGGUGCAUGGCACUGAGCACAGUAGUUUUUGUUGGCGAUUCAAAACCAUGGUUGAAUAGACUUGUACAGUCUGCAAAAGCUUUGAAAGUAAAUUCAGGAACAGAACCCGAUGCUGACCUAGGUCCAGUAAUUAGCAAGCAGUCCAAGGAACGGAUACACAGAUUAAUUCAAAGUGGUGUCGAAAGUGGUGCCGAGCUAGUACUUGAUGGGAGAAAUAUAGUGGUUCCAGGGUAUGAGAAUGGCAACUUUGUUGGUCCAACCAUCUUAGCAGGUGUCAGACCAGAUAUGGAGUGCUACAAGGAGGAAAUCUUUGGCCCAGUUCUAAUCUGCAUGGAGGCUGACAGCUUUGAAGAAGCAAUCAGUAUUGUGAAUAGAAACAAGUAUCGUUUCCUUAAUUUGCUUCCCUCUUUCCUUUCUCAUUUGAUGUAUCUUUACCUAAGCAUCUUAGCUCACCUGUGGAAACUUAAUUUCGUGGCAGAUACGGUAAUGGAGGUUCCAUCUUUACCACAGCAGGUGCUGCUGCGCGGAAGUUCCAGACCGAAAUAGAGUGUGGACAGGUUGGUAUCAAUGUUCCCAUCCCGGUUCCAUUGCCCUUUUUCUCCUUUACUGGCAAUAAAGCGUCAUUUGCUGGAGAUCUGAAUUUCUAUGGCAAGGCAGGAGUGAGCUUUUACACACAGAUGAAAACAGUAACCCAACAAUGGAAGGAUUUGCCAGAUGGAAGUGGAAUUUCACUCGCAAUGCCUACUUCUCAGUAGCAAUAUAAAAUUAGUUAUAUGCUGUCUGUGACUGACUGGCUCUCUUCGCACACCUUUCUUUUUCUUCACCGGCCUACCCUUCUCUUCAACGUUUUAGGUCUGAGUUGUGUUUUCUGUUGAAGCUGUAAAUAACUUCGUCCAAGUUGAACCGUCGUUUAGAAUUUUGCAAUAAUUCAGCCGCCUGUCUUACAUUGUUUUGCCAUUUUUUUACUUCAGUUUCUGCUUGUGGGUGAGCUUUCGAAAUUCAAACGGUAGUUUGAUAACAUCUAAAUAGUUAUAUUUUAUGUCAGGUUUUUAGGCGUUUAAUGCUAGGUGUAGCUGUUUGGAAAUAUUUCAUGAACAAGCACGAUUUUGGUUGAUUUAGGUAUGAAUUGGG